AUGCUGUCUCAAUGCCGGUGCAGGCAGGUCCUGCUCGGGCUGGAGCUGGGCCUGCUGAUGGCGGUCCUGGUGGUCGGCACUGCAGGACAGACCCGCGUCAGGAGGGAGGCAGGGUCGUCCUGCUAUGGAGGGUUUGACCUCUACUUUGUUUUGGACAAGUCUGGCAGUGUCCAGCAUUACUGGAAUGAGAUUUAUUAUUUCGUGGACCACUUGGCACACAAGUUCAUCAGUCCUCAGCUGCGGAUGUCUUUCAUUGUGUUUUCAAGAGAAGGAAGGACUAUCAUGCCUCUAACAGAAGACAGAGAGCAGAUUCGAAUCAAGCUGGAGCAGCUACGUAUGGUGCAGCCGGGCGGAGACACCUACAUGCACAAAGGUUUUGAACUAGCCAGUGAGCAAAUCUACUACGGAACUGGAGACGGUUACCGGACGGCGAGUGUCAUCAUCGCCCUGACAGAUGGUGAACUGAGAGAAAACCAGUUUGACUUGGCACAGAGAGAGGCCGGCAGAGCACGCCAGCUGGGUGCCACUGUUUACUGUGUGGGAGUGAAAGACUUCAAUGAAACCCAGCUUUCAACGAUAGCAGACAGUCGGGACCAUGUCUUCCCUGUGAACGACGGGUUUCAGGCUCUACAAGGGGUCAUCGACUCGAUCCUGAAGAGAUCCUGCAUUGAGAUCCUGGCUGUGGAGCCGUCCAGCAUCUGUGAAGGAGAAUCCUUUCAGGUCGUAGUCAAGGGAAACGGUUUCCUUCACGCUCGAGACGUACAGAAGGUUCUCUGCAGCUUCCGCAUCAAUGACACUGUUACUACGAUGAAACGACCCCUGGUGGUGAGGGAUACCUACCUUUUGUGCCCAGCUCCUGUUCUGGAAAAAGAGGGAACGUCGGCCACUCUGCAUGUCAGCAUGAACAACGGCCUGAGCUUCAUCUCCAGCUCCGUCACCAUCACUGCAGUCACGUGUUCGGACGGGAAGUUUGUGGCCAUCGCUCUUCUCAUCCUGAUGCUGCUGCUCAUCCUCCUCAUGCUGUGGUGGUUCUGGCCCCUCUGCUGCACUGUGGUCAUUCACGAGCCACCGCCUCCAGAGAUAGACGACAGCUCUGAUGAUGAGGAUGGUUUUCCCAAGAAGAGGUGGCCCACUGUGGACGCGUCAUACUACGGAGGCCGUGGAGUCGGAGGCAUCAAGAGAAUGGAGGUGCGCUGGGGAGAUAAAGGGUCCACCGAGGAAGGAGCCAAACUUGAGAAGGCAAAAAACGCUCGAGUUGUGAUGCCUGAGGAGGAGUUUGAUUUUGAGCCACAGAGGCCGUACUACCACACGCACAAGUCUGCUCGGUCCCAGAAGUGGUAUUCUCCCAUCAAGGGCAAACUGGACGCUCUGUGUGUGUUUCUGAGACGAGGCUACGACAGAGUGUCUGUGAUGCGUCCUCAUCCCGGAGACAAGGGCAAAUGCAUAAACUUCACCCGCACCAAGUCCUAUCCAACUCCUCGCUACCCCAUCUACAACCACCCGUCCACGCCUGUCUACACUCUGCCCCACGCGUACCAGCGUCGUCCGUCAGAGGGCAGCCACCUCUUCGAUUUGCCCCCCUCGCCAACUUCCACACUCCCGCCCCUGCCGUCCACUCCUCCCCCUUCCUCCUCCAGCCCUCCCAUGUACACGCCGCCCCCGAACAGAGCCCUGCCCCCCGGCAACGCAGGCCUCAACUCUGCACCUCCGUCCCCUACUGGCUCCCUGCCACCUCCACCUCAGGGGCCUCCUCCUUGCAGGGCGCCUCCUCCGUCAAGGCCUCCGCCACGCCCCAACCAGGAGAACCCCUGA